AUGGUGAAUAUUAAUCCGAUUAAUGUUAUUAAUCUUCUGUUUGAUACCUUUCGCAUCAAUUAUUGGCUGGAAAUUUCGAUCACUGAUGCUGUUCAUAAUGCUCAUAUCGUUGAAGAUCAGGAUACAGAAGAUAAAGAGUAUGCAGCGCCGACAACCACUGUAUGUUCACAGAAUGAAGACGAAAUUGAUUUCAAAUAUAAAAAGGAUGCCGUUGAAUAUUGGACAAGUGGGAAGACAGGUAAACGGUCAAUAACAGCGGUAAAACAUCGUUUUAGAAAAGUUACUUCAGAGCGACAACUACGGCGCUGGAUGGAUCAAGUACGUGAAGGUGGAUCACGCAAAGAUAAAUUACUGCGUAUAAGUGAUCAUACAUUGCAAAACUUUAUAGAGGCUAUGGACAAACAGUUAAUAGUUCACGAUGUAGACCUACAACGUUGGGCUUUAAACGCAAAAAGAAUGGUUAAUCUUAAGGGUUUUGUCGCCUCUUCCUGUUGGGUAUGGAAGUUUAAAAGAAUGCACGGAAUUGUAUCUCGUAAGGUUACCAAAUUUGUUACGAAACAUGAAAUUUAUUCGAGAAACGUGGAAAUUGCACAAUGUGAAGUUUUCAUCAAUGAAGUGAAGUCGCGCCUAACAGCAAACGGACCCGAAAAUGUCUUUAAUUCCGAUCAGAGUGGAUUCAACCUCGAACAUCACUCUGGUAGAACGUUGGCUUACCGAGGGUCAAAAAAGGUGGAAAGUGUAGUUCAGUCUGUGCCAUCAACAACUCAGAGCUAUACGAUUCAACCUACGAUAUCCGCGGCUGGCAAACUCCUUUCUCCUCUUUUGAUUGUACUUAAGGAAGUUGGCGGAGAGUUUGGACCGAGGGUUCAAGAAACUAUGUUUAGGCCGAACAAUGUUUUUAUACUGGCUUCCACGUCUGGGAAACUAACAUCAGCCCAUCUGAAAACUUGGUUAAAGGAUGUGUUUUUUCCUAACGUCGGAUCGUCAAGUGUUUUAUUGUUAGACUCCUGGGGAGGUCAGUGUUCUAAAACGGUUUCGGAGGCUACGCCACAUGAUAAAGAAUUAAAGCACCUUAUCAUACCGAAAGGCACAACGGGAAGAAUUCAGCCGCUAGAUGUUUACGGAUUUCGAGUUUGGAAAAAUUUUGUUAAACGCUUCUCGGACAUGGUUAUACUUUACGAUUACAAUGUUAAUCUUCAUUUAAGAAACAAUAUUAUUAAGCUUCAAUCUCUGACACACAAUCAGUUCUCUUCGCCAAGAUUUACAGAUCUUUUCAAAUACGCGUGGUUUAAGAGCGGCUAUAUAGAAAACAGUCCCCCUCAUUUUCACAAUCCAGUAGAUUUUUGUUUCGGUGCAAAUUCAGCACCAAUAUGUGACAUUUGUGGAAAUGCUGCUAUUAUUACCUGUGCGUGGUGUAAAAAAUCAUUUUGCUUCCAAAAUUUCUUUACGGAAUACCAUUUCUGUGAAACUUAUGUUCAGUAAAUUCAGUCUUCAUACUACUAAUAUUACAU